AUGAAAACAUUCCAUAUCAUAUCCGAUGGGCAUCAUAUUGAUCCUUCGUGCUCACUUUAUUUCAUUGGUGUGAAUAAUAUAAACAGCACGUACAGUUUUUCCGGCAUGUGCUUUAAAAUGUCUGAUAUAGCAUUACCUUGUAGCAGAAAUAAUACACUUAUUUUUCGAGGAUGGGCUUUGGAUAUUCGUCACCGAAACCAGUCAAUAUUGCUGUAUGCAAAUCAAAGUAUGCUGAUUACAGAGAAAACUUUACGAUGUGACAACAAACAAGAUUUCACCAUAAGCUAUGAAUUCUGUUGGGAGGAAAUAUUUAUGUUAGAGAUUUUAUUCUACAGUCAAAACAAGCCAUCUUCAGUUUUACCAACAAUAAAUGUACAGUCGCGAGUAUUAAUUGGCUCAAAAUAUCCGGCACUAAGUUUACAUGACCUGGAAACAAUGACAAUACAGAUGGAUGAAUGCAGAUGUAGUAAUGUUCCCAACUGUAGGAAAUGUAUAGCAACAUUACACCAAAUGUAUCUUGAUUUCCUUCGAAUUUUGAUUGGCAAUAAUAAGAAUAAUAAUAACAAUAAUAACGGCAAAGAUGCCAUCAAGGAAGAAUCAAGUUCUGCUAGUGUUGAUCUAAAUAUUCUGCUACCUACUCUGUUUGGUUCUAUUGUAACUAUUGUAGUAGCAGUUAUAGGUGUCAAAUCUAACUCAGAAAGAAAAAGAGCAGCCGACAAUGGAAGUCAACAAACAAACGAUACACAAAGAAGAAGAUCAGCCGACAAUGGAAGUCAACAAACAAACGAUACACGAAAUGGGAGACAACAAGACCAAAGAACAUAUACAGUUAACUGCAGAAAGUUGAAGCAAGAAAGUGGUUACAACAUGGAAUGCGUGGGAUUUGAGAAAAAAAGUGUACUCAUUUGAAUUCAUUCACUAACAUUUACUAUUUGUUUAUUAAUUACAGCUAUCAAUCACAUCUGUAUGAGGCAUUUCUGUUUAAAUUGAUUUGUUUUGUAGUUAAUUUAAAAUGUUCGAAUUUUAUUCCGUACAAAUAUUGUUUGCACCUUUUAUAUCAUGACUCUUCCGAAAUACACUUCUUAUAUGAUUUUUGUACUGGAAAACACGUUUUACGCUGGUGUCUUUGUAAUAUGACAGGCUCACAUCGUCUCGAGUAUAAUUUUUUUUAAUAAAAUAAACAGAAACAAUCAAAGAUAUGACAUUAAAACGCACAAUAGUUCCAAAACUUCCCUUUUGUUCAAUACAAUAUACAUCUUUAUGAUGAAUUCCCCAGUUACCGUUUCUUAAAAGGAAAUGCAAAUCUUUUAUUUGUCUAAGAAUUCACUCCUUCUCUGUUGUUUAUACAGUUAAGCACCACUCAGGAUGAGAAUUUCAAGUCAUUUCCGUUAUUUUCAGUUUUUACAAGUGGUUUACACAAAAUACCAAAGCUGUCAUCACAAAGAUUUACAAAAUGUAAUAAUCUUGGCAUCGUGAAAAUGUACAAGUGUUAUAGAAAAUCUAUAUGCAUUAAAACCAAUUCAUCGACUCAUUUUCAGAAAAAAAAUAAAUGAUACGUUGGACUUACGGACAAAUUGUUGUUUUAAGCAUUGUAACACCAUAUCUAUGCCUGAGAGUAAAUUUUUUGUUAUGACAAAGUUCUGGUUUUGACAUUUCGUAAUACGUGCGCAGAGGAUACAUAUGCUUCAUAUCGAAAACAUGUAAUAUAUGUAUACCUUUCAACUAUUAAAAUGCUAUUUUUCGGUAUUUCAUGGACGUUAUAAAGAAUCAUUAGCUUUAAGGCAAAAAAGGUUGACUCAUAAUAACCUUCCGAUCAUCGAUCUUAGGUUAUUUCAUAAUCAAAAAUAAUGGAUCCCCAUAUUGUCAUAAUAUAUAUUGAUAGUUUGAUGUAUAACUAUUUGUCUUACCUCCUAUACAUUUUUUAGGAAUAUGAUUGUUUGAAAGCGACCUCGUGGAGAUCGUGUAUAUUUAAUAUGGGGUAAUUAGGCGUUUUUUUAUUUUAAUACACGGUUAUGUCCCUUUAUAAAAAAGCGGCGUUGAAGAAAAAUCUGAAACGUUUCGCCGGGACAACAGAUGAAGAAAUUGAUGAUGAACGAUUGAAAUAAAUGCAGAAAACACAUUAAAAACUAAUAAGUUGUUAUUGUUUCACUUGUUUUAUAUAGACAAAUUGAAGUAGGUUCUUUAUAUUAAAGACUUGAACACUUUGAUAGGCCACUAGUCUAAAUGCCACAUGUUAAGAUAGUCGGUAAGAUAAUUUUUUUACACAGUGUGCUAGUGAUCUAAUACGAUAUAUAUGGUCUCACUCCAUAUGGAAUUUACUGACCCCAUACAUAUCGUAUAAGGCCAUUAGCACACUAUGUAACUAAUACUAUAAAUGUAUAUAUAUUUUCUAAUUUCAUAUCUCAUUUUUUUGUAUUCUUGACUUUCAUUUUUGUUUAUGUGCUUUGUUUAUAGAGUGUCUAUAUGCAAUUCUGUUUUUCUAUGUGAACAUAGUUGUUUGUUUUAUAGUGAUUAAGAUUGUAGCAAGUAAGAUUUUUUAGAAACCAUACUUGUUACGAGUGUUAAUAUAUUUUUUUUUUUCAUAUUUGUCAACAGAAUUGCAUUAAAAGCUUUUAUACUUAUAUUUAAAAAAUAUUUAUUUUUGCUGCAUAUUGACAAUGCAAAUGAAAUAUAUCAUUCCAUGCAUCGAUUUUAAGUAUGAAACAAUUUCAAGUAGUCUUCAUAUUUUUCAAACUAUUUUACGAGCAUGCUAGUCUAUCAACUUAGAUAAGAAUUUUAAAUAUAUAUUUUUUUUCUGUGAAGAUAACACUUCAUAAAUAUUGAAUGUGCAUGUAAAACAAUAAAGGAAAUCCUUUUUACAAAAGCUGAAAUCCGUUGAAGGAUUUGACCCUUUUUAACACUUAGGUUAUUUCCCUUUUUUGCCGUCUUCACUGUGUAUUUGCAUUCAUAGUGUAUAUAAGAAUAAGGUCCAUUUGCAUUUGCGUUGUGAGUUACAUUCUUUUCUGCAUUUCAAUCAAUGCUUAUAAAUGUUGGUCUGCUUGACUGUCAACGAUGAGCUAGUUCCAGUACCGUAUGAUUGGGAAUGACAUAUCUAUUUGGAAAUUCAUUCCUGGUUAUAAGUCAUUUCAAAUUCGGACGUUGAUUCCUAAAUUUACAUUUGUUUUGAACUAACAUGACGGUCUCCUGAGUGUUUGAGAGCGGGAGGGCGUAUCCUGUAUGUAAAAUAUUGACAAUUCAACACUCAUUCCUGUACCUUGUCAAUAGCUAAUGUUGUCUAUGAGCAUCGUUUUAAGGACACUUUUAAACGUGGCCGUAUUCUUGUUUAUGUAUUUUUAUGAAUAUAUAUAUCAUGACGUUAAAAUAAUUUGUAUUCCAUAUUCUUAUCAUGAAAAUUAUAUAAAGUACAAAUAUGUCGAUCAAAUCAAAAUGUGAAUUUGCUGAAAAAAAUCAAUAAAACGAAUCGUCCUCUUGCAAUAACUGAUCAAUUAUGUGAUAUACGUUGACUGCAGGGAAUGCUUAAACUUCUGUGUGGUAAGCUUAGUGUUGCUACACCUUUAGUGUUUUGUAUUCAUGGUUUUUGACUGCCUUUUUGUUGUUUUUCUUUUUGACAAUAGUGUUGACUGGUUUUAUUUGAUUUAUAAUUUGUAUUGUCUCUUGGUACAUUCUACAUCUUUUACACAUCAAUCAUCAAAACAAAAAAAUAAUAACGUUUUGCUUUUUUAAUUUUUCGUCCCAAACAUAUAUGCAAUUGGCUUCUAGUUUGUAGAUUUUAAGUGAGGAUCUAUAUUUUUAAGGUUAUUGCUAAACAACUCACGAGACCUGCGAACUGUUGUAUCAUAUAUCUAUGUAGUCUUUAUAAUUAUAACGUUAAGGCAACAAUAGUUUACCUAUUAUCAAAUCACUUAAAUCGAUAAAAAAAGGUAACAAACAAUACCUGGGGGAAUCUUUCUAAGGCUUUAUACAUCGAUGUACUAAGAAAUAUAACAAUAAAUUUUGUAACUUCAUUUUAUUGAAACGAGCGUGAUGUAAAUUUUAUACGACAACUAUGUUCUGUUCUCUAGUAUUUUAAACUUACAACCAUUAAUGAGUACUUUUUCAGUUGUAAAAUCUUUAAAGGUAUUUCGUUAGCUGUGUUUUUGUAGGUCUCUUGAAAUUUCUCUGCUUAAAUAAAUCAUUGUUUGUUUUGGAGUCACAAUAUUUCAUUUGUUAGCAACCGUUUCCACUGGUCGCAUAUAGUAUUCUUAUACAUACAUAAAUUGUACUUUAUUAUUAAAAUUCAUAAAGCCCCGACAAAGCAGCUAUGUAUUCAACAAUACUCGAAAAAUAAUUUGACGAUGUAUAUUCCUUUUUAAUAAUCCAUAAUUUUGGAAAGUCUUUACACAUAAUCAGAAUGUGUCCAUCGUAACUUAUAAUCGAUCUCUGUGCUCCCUUUGCCUCACUAUUUUGAUUUCAGUCAUACUUUCAGAAAUACAUUUUGGUCGAUCGACAGAAGAAUCAUCUAAUUUUGAUACACUAUCUGUUUUUUUGUAUGUGAAACGCAACGAUAUCAGCGUCCAAGGAUUAUUACCACAUAUAUGGGCCUUUACUUAAAUAUAUAUUCCUUAUUUUUCGAAAUAUGGAGUAAUCAUACAUGGUUGGGAUUUAAUGGACCAAAGUGAUCAUGCCACAGUUUAAGCUUUUUCUGUAUUUCUAGAUCUUUGAAGAUCACUAUUGUAUUUGUUUCUGAACUGGCUCUCUGAGCCUUCUGUACCUCACUAUCAUAAAAAUAAUAUUUAUUUGGACUGCUAUUAUAUUUUACAUUUACAGACUACUUGCCCAACUUCAGGACUUUAGUUCCUAUUGUGUGUGUUUGCUGUUAUUCAUUAUAUACAUGUAGUAUGCCCGUGCUACAAAGUUGUUGGGUGAAUACAGUGAAACCAAUGUUUUUUCACUACUUAUCAUUCCGAAAUUUUAUCGUAAUACCUCCAGCUAUUGGUCUGACUUUUUUAAUGCAUUUUGUUAAAUGCAGAUUUUCCAAUCUAGUCUGUGUAUUCUCUGGGUGAUUCACGUUUAGAGAAAAUUUCAUUAACGAUGCACUUGUCUAGAUUAUUUGUAUAAUCUUUGUAGAUCUGGGCCCGAAUUAUGAUUCAUAGAUGAUGUUAACACAUCGAAUUUGUAUACAGCUCUUGUUGACAAACUAUUUUACAACCCGCGACUUUGGAUAUUUCAAUCGAUUGUACAUGUCCAGAUUCUGCUUUUAAUGCUACGAGACCUUUAGCUAUUUUUAGUACCUUAGUGCUUAACGAUGAAAUAAUUUUUGCGCCUGUCCCAAGUCAGGAGCCUCUGGCCUUUGUUAGUCUUGUAUGUUUUUUUUUUAAUUUUUAGUUUAGUGUGACGUCCAUUUUCACUGAACUAGUAUACAUUUUUAUUUAGUGGCCAGCUGAAGCCCGCCUCUGGUUGCGGGAUUUUCUCGAUGUGUUGAAGACCCAUUGAUGGCCUUCGUUUGUUUUCUUCUCUUUGGUUGGGUUGUUCAUUCUUCAUUUCCAUUUUCAAUUUUAUUGAUUGAUUGAUUAAUUGAUUGAUUAAUUGAUUGAUUGAUUGGUUGAUUAAUUGGUUGUUUGUUUGACUGAUUGAUUGAUUGUUUGAUUUGUUGAUUGGUUGGUUGAUUGAUUGGUUGAUUGAUUGAUUGAUUGAUUGAUUGAUUGAUUGAUUGAUUGAUUGAUUGAUUGAUUGAUUGAUUGAUUGAUUGAUUGAUUGAUUGAUUUUAAAGGGAUUUGCUCAUGUUGCUCCAAACAAAAGUCGUGACCAUUUGAUAAUCCUUUGUUUGUUGUUGUUAUUAUAAUUAUUAUUUAUAUUGUCGUCUUAAUUUCACCAAUGAAACUUUACAUUAAUUUUUGCCUUCGUAUUAAAUUAAUUUGUUUACUUCUUGAAACUCUACAAUGACCGUCUGAUUACAAUUAGGCCCUCAAGAAUGUGAAAUAUGAAAACUUAUUUGGCCUUCAAUACCUCAACCUUUUUUUUAUGUGGGUAUCUACUUUGUUCAGUAAGAUUUCGAAUUUGACAUUUAUUUUGUAAACUACCAUAGAUUUCCGGUAAUUGUUCUGCAUAAAACCCCAUGGAAAAGCACAUUAACAUAAUUUGCUAAUCGUUUAUUUGAACCCAAUAAUUUGGCAAGGUGUUGCAACCUGUAAUAUGAAGACGUGAAUGAAAAUGCGGAGUUUGUGAGACCAGGCUCAAGCAAGCAGCCACUCGUUAGCAGCUACUUCGCUAGCAGCCAGUUUUCAGAUAUUUAUAUAAACCCAAAUGUUGCAUAAGAUUCAAACGCACUUCAAAUGUUAUUAUUAAUAUAUAACCACUAUAUUAUCAGUCUUUUAAAUAUAAUUAACCAGUCAAAGACAUUAUUCAAUGAAUUUUAAAAUUUCAUUUCUUGUUCAUUAAUUAUAUAACAUUCUACUUCUGAACCAGUGGAUUUCGCUUACUUAUGAUUGGACGAAGGGUUUAUUUUUUGUACUCAAAGUAUGGUGGGCAAGGAAAUUAUUUAUUAGCUUUAAAAAAAUAAUCCGUGCUAUACCAAAACUUGGAAUUUUGAUCAAGUAGGCGCUAGAUCUCUAGCUUACGUUUGCACCUAGUGCGGACAAAAGUUUUGCCAUAGAAUUUUUAUUUACUAACUUUUCGGUAAGGGUUGGGUAGGGUAUCCGACCUCAACUUUGGACCUGUUUUAGAAAAAAAACUAAGUCGAACAACACCAUGGAUUUUUUCUACUGUAGACCUCAGCUACCAAGCUUCCCUUUGUACCUAGUGCUGACAAAAGUAUUGCCGUAGAAUUUUUUUUUAUCAAGGUUACGGUAAGGGUGGGGUUGGGUGUCCGCGGACCCCAACUUUGGACCUACUUUAAAAAAAAACUAAGCCGAACAACACCCUAGAUUUUUUCUCCAGUAGACCUCAGCUACCCAGCUUCACUUUGCACCUAGUGCGGACAAAAGUAUUGCCAUAGAACUGUUUUAUUAACUUUUUGGUAACGGUUGGGUAGGGAAUCCGACCUCAACUUUGGACCUACUUUAGAAAAAAAAACUAAGCCGAACAACACCCUGGAUUUUUUCUACUGUAGACCGCAGCUACCCAUCUUCCCUUUGUACCUAGUGCGGACAAAAGUAUUGCCUUAGAAAUUUUUGUAUUAACAUUUCGGUAAUGGUGUGGUAGGGUGGGUAGCUGAGGUCUACUUGAGAAAAAAUCCAGGGUGAUGUUCGGCUUAGUCUUUAGUUAUAAUGUAAUAACCUGGCAAAUUAUGAAAGCUCACGUCUUAAUUGAUAGGCAUAGAAAUGAAAAGAAAUGUAUGAUAACCAAUAACAAUCUACCAGAGACAAAAUAACGUUUGUUUAGGCAACUAGUAUGAUGGUCUGGAUGUGGGGUUCUUCAUUUCUGUAUUCUUUUAUAUUUUAUGCCAUUUUUCUCUAUUCUUUAAUGUUUUUAGGCCAUUUUUCUCUAUUCUUUAUUUCUUUAUACUUUUUGCCAAUUAUACUCUUUAUAUUUUAACACCUCAUUAUUCUAUUUUUUUGUAUUUCUUGGUCCAUUGUCUCUAUUAUUCAUAUUUUUUACCCACUAUUCUCUAUUCCGUAAACCCCCAUCCACACCCUCUAGUUAAGGUCACCAUAUAGCUUUCACAAAUAAGCAAAACUCAUACCUAAUAGGCUCCGAAUGGCAAAAUGAUUGAAUGCUAAUCCCGGAUUGAAUUGUGAAAUUUGUUUUUCAAUAUACUGGCAAAUGGACCUUGGUCAUCAAUCCUAAUCAUCUUAGAUCAACCUUUCUAAACUUAAAAGUAAAGAUCACGCAUCCUUAUUGUUCAGAUUGAUAAAGUCUGUUGCAUCCGUCGACAUUAUCUCCGAUUAAAUAAUAAUUGACCUGAUAACCGCUGUGCAUGUAUACUUUAACGACAGGUCUAGUUUUCUUAUCAGUUUUAAAAAGAAAUAACCUACCUUGUUAAUGUGAUGUUGUAAUCAAUCUAUCUAUUUGUACCAUCUUUAUAUAAUAUUAUAUUGUACAAUUUAAAUUUGUGAAUCGUUUAAUAUUUAAAUAUAAUAAUUUAUUUUUUAUUAAAGAUAUAAACAAGGUAAUUUGAAA